UUCUUUUAGGUCGGGCCAGUGGGCGCGCUUCUGCCGGGAGGAUGUCAGCUGCUUGGCACCGCAAUCCCCUGUGAAAGGUCCCAGUCUUGCUGUCAUUCCUCCAGUAGGUAGUAGUUAGGACACCCCUCCCUGCGCGGUUCACCGAGGGUCGCUGGCCGUGUGGCUAGGAAAGGAGUCUUUUCCUCACCUUCACUCGAUCCCUGCCGCUAUCAGGCCAUUCAGAGCUACAAGAGAGGGACUGACUUUUCAUUGCCUGUGAGAAAUCCUGGAGCCCAUCAGCGGCGUUAGGAUAUGGGAUUAUCUAGCAAUCCAAGACCAAGCUGGACUGCUGUGUUUAUUUUGUCUUAGUAAUAGUCCUAAAGCAGAUGAGAUGGCAGGCACUACUCUCUCUCUGUCUGACAACCUGUGGGACCUGGAGAGUGCCACCCUCCACCCCCUGGUGUGCCCGCUGUGCCGUGAGCAGUAUCGCCAGCCAUGUCUCCUGGACUGCUACCACAUCUUCUGUGCCAGGUGCCUGGAUGGCAGAGCAAGUGGCAAUCGUCUCAUCUGCCCCCUCUGUGGUGCAGCAGCAAAGCCCUUUCCUACAACAGCCCAAAGGCCACUGCGUCCACGUGGGAUAUGCCUCAGUUGUAAAGGGAAUAAAUGCUCUCCCUCCUGAAGACCGUCUGCUGAAGUUCCUGGUAGACGAUUCCACGGACAGUGUAGUUCAAUGUGCUAACUGUGACAUGGAAUGCCACACUCAGUGUGGCCAGAGCAAUGGGGCUAUGUAUUACUGUAACACAUGCAGCCAGCCCCUGUGUGGUCCGUGCAGAGAGAUCACCCACAAAGCCAGGAUGUUCUCCUGCCAUGAAAUCGUCUCACUAGCCAAGCGCGCCAAGGAAGGUCACAGGAAGUGCUCCCUUCAUGAGGAGCUGUACGUCAUGUUCUCGACGGAGAAGAAAUCCAUGCUCUGCAUCAAGUGCUUCAGGGACAUGCAAGUGCAGGGUCGGAUGCGCUGUAUGGACAUCGAGACGGCAUACGCGCAGGGCUGCGGAAUACUGGACCAGGCCAUGCUGGCUGUGAAGGAGCUCCAGACAUCGGCGCGGGAGGCCACCAUCCAGCUUAAGGCCAUGAUCAGAGAGGUGCGCACCAAUGAGCAGGAAGAGGAGACGGCUAUCUGCACCCUGUUCAACAGCAUGCAGGAGAACCUUGCAGAGAGGAAGAGAAUCCUGUUAAAAGCUGCUCAGAGCCAGCAUGAGGAGGAGGAGAAGGUCCUGAAGGAGCAGCUCUAUUAUCUGGUUGCCCUCCUGCCCACGCUCCAGGUCCACCUGCUCGUGUGCUCGGCGUUUCUCAGCCUGGCCAGCAAGUACGAUUUCCUCGACAUGGGCUAUCAGCUGAUGGACAGGCUGCACAGGAUUGUGAGGUUGCCUCACCGACUCUGCCCUGCCCAGAGCUCCAGGAUCAACGCAGAUUUCCAUGCCGAGUUCGCACGCUGCUUAGCCAGCCUGCUCCCGCUUGGACUACAGAGGUCUGGUGCAGUACCCAGGGGAGCCAGUGGGGGCAGCCUGCUGUGGGCUGCUCGGUCCAUGUCGUGUCAGUCUUCCUGUCUCAGUGCCAUGCUGCAGGGUCCAUCUCUGGGAUACAGAGCCGCUUCUCGUCGAUACGUCUGUACCAAAGUCUUGGUGGCCAAGGAUGGGGACACACCUUUCGCCGAGCACUGCCGGAAUUACGAGAACAGCUAUCGGGCUCUGCAGACGGAGGUGCGGAAGCUGAAGAAUCAGGUGCAGGCUUUGCACCGCGACCUGACCAAGCACCACUCCCUCAUCGACACGGACGCCAUGGGGGAGAUACUGGAACGCUCCCUGCACGUGGAUGGGCAGAUCGCGUCUCAGUACUCUGCCGUGCAGACCCACAGGGCCAUGCUCCAGGAGAUGUGGGAAGAGACUUUACAAAGGGUCACUAAUGAGCAAGAUAUCUAUGAAGCACAGCUCUGUGAUCUUCUGCAGUUGAAGCAGGAAAACUCCUACUUGACAACCAUCGCACGUCAGAUUGGACCGUAUAUCUCGUCCAUAGCAAAAGUAAAAGAACGCUUGGAGCCCAGGUUCCAGGUUCUGAAAGAACAUGAAGAUGAUCGCAGUGAGACCAUGAUGAAGAUCUAUGAGGAUAUAACAGUGAACACUGAAUCACUGCAUGGUAGAAAUGACGAUGGCUGUUCCAUCAUCUACAACUGGGAUUCGAACAGGAGUAAGAAUGCUGUGAUCCUACAGCCCAAUGAAACCCCAGCAAAGAGCACCGACUGCUGCCGGCCAAACAAGCAGAGAAACGUCUAAGACGCGCUGACACAGAGCUGCCACAAGAAACUCAAGCACGUUUACGCAGUGAUGUUUGCUGUGUGAUGGGCAUCUUACACUAUAAAUGCUCUUUCAUGGGCUUUUAUGAGCCAGUGCAAAUGAAAUGACAAAAGCGCACAAGAAUAAUCUGCUGAGUGGAUUAUGCUUUUCUACAGAACAUCUCGGAGAUGGAAGCGCAAAGGGACGCGAUGAGUUAUGUUCGUGAUUAAUGCGGAGAGGAAGUGAUCUUCCGGUUCCGUUGUGCACAAACUUCAGGUUAAAAGAUGGUUGGGAAAAUGUAAGUGAUGAAAUACCAACUUUUGUCAUAGCAAUGAUAUUUUAACUGUACUUUAAAUUAUGUGUUAAAACAGAGUAUAAAAAAGAAAAGGAGUGGUUUACUGAUGACAAUAGAAAUGAAAUUCUUUAUGGACUGGAUUGAAGGGGAGGGGAGUAAAUAAAAAAUGCAAAAGUGA